AUGUCCACGGCAAAUAUAACUUCAUCCAUUACUACAACGACUCGAGCUCUAAUACAAGUCGUCACUUCUGAAAUGACCUAUUAUGGACCAAUUAUUCUUUUACUGUUUGGUAUAACUGGUUGUCUAUGCAAUUUUAUCACAUUUACAGCACCACAAUUACGUAAAAAUUCAUGUGCUUUUUAUUUUCUUAUGUCAGCUGUAUUUGAAUUAUUAUCCAUUACUUUUGGUCUUAUUUCUCGACUUGCUGCUGAUCAUCUUGGCAGCUCAUUAAUCAAUACAAAUCGAGUCUAUUGUAAAUCUCGUGCUUAUUUAAUUUCAGCACUUCCAUUAACAGCUACUUAUUUGGUCUUACUAUCAUCAAUUGAUCGAUUUUUGUCAUCAUCAGUUAGUGUUCGUCUUCGUUCAUUUAGUCAAAUGAAAAUAGCUUAUCGUGCAACUAUAGUAGCUAUUGCAAUAAGUUUUCUAUCAUGUAUUCAUAUUCUAGUUGCAUAUGAUCUUCGACCACGAUGCGGUGUCGUUGCUGGUCCUGUUUCGAGGUUUGAUGGUAUGUUUGUAGUGUUUUGGCUUGGUAUUAUUCCUCAUAUAUUGAUGUUAAUCUUUGGUUUUCUUACUGUUAUGAAUAUUCGACGAACAAAAACACGAGUAGCAGCUAAACCCUUACAAAGUGUAGUUGCUUCAACUCAACAACAACGACGUCAACAAAAAACUGAUGCACAACUGAUUGUGGUGAGUAGUAGAUCAAAGUGA